UCCCAAGGUGCCAGAUCAGACCCUCAUCAAGAGAGUUGUGGGACUCGCCGGGGAUAUUAUAGGCACGCAUGGAUACAAAAUCAGUGCCCUCCAAGUAUGGAUAUCAUAUGUAGAAGUAAUUUGGUAUUGAGUAUAGAACGGUGCCAGAGGGACACUGCUGGUUGGAAGGAGACCACACUGGACAUUCUAUGGACUCUAAUACCUUCGGGCCGAUAUCUCUGGGUCUGGUAAAGGCGAAAGCCACUCAUAUAGUUUGGCCGCCAAGUCGAUGGCAACAGUUACAUCCUACAAAGCCCAAUCAUGAGAGCUGUUAGCUUUGUAAAGAGAUUGCAAUGGGAAUUACCUGGUACUGUAUGCAGGCAUGGCUUAACUAUAGGAGAUGUCGAUAACGAUGGUGAUAAUGAAUUGGUUGUCGGCACUGCUGAAGGAGAGCUUUAUAUCUUCAAGGGAUCAGAAUUAUGGCAGAAAAUCAUUGGCCUCGGUCUUAUAACUAGCGUGGCAAUUGGAGAUAUUUUUAAUUAUGGACGCAAUGCGCUUGUUGUCAUCUGCGGCGAUGGAUGGACGCAUAUAUUUUACAGUCCCAGAUCUGUCAAUCCUAACAACUCUAACGUGUUUGCAGGCCAACAUAAUAGUAAAGAUACAAGCGAGCAAGACAAUUUCAAAACGACUACUGACAUAGGAAAUUCCCAAAACACGGAACAUAUUGACAAUACUAAUGAAAUUAAUGAACUCUCUGGAAAAAUGGAGUGUGUACAUGUACAAAGAAUUCCAACUAAUACGAAGACCGUGCUGAUAGCUGAUGUCGAUAAAGAUGGUGCUAACGAGAUGAUUCUCGGUCUGACGGAUCGUGUUGUGAGAUCCUACAGAUGGUCAAGUAAUGCUGACUUGGAAACAGGAAAAUUAGUUGGCCUAAAUAAGUGGGAAUGCACUAAUCAAAUAGGAACGGUUACGUUGCAACAUACUGGUGAUGGUACGCCGACUCUACUGGUUGCACAACCUGGUGGAACGUUCAUGCGGAUUAAAUGCAACGCUGAAGAUUGUCAAUCAAAGAAUAGUUCCUGCGAAGCUGUAGAUUAUCAGACAUUAGGGAUAUCUAGGAUGCGCAAUCAAAAUAUUUCAACGGAGAUUAUUGGAGAUUUGGAGCCGGGAGUAACGCCGUUUAUUUCGACGAUUGAACCUAAAAUGUCUAGUUAUAUGCCUACAAAUAAGUUGCCGAAACAAAGUUUCGCAGACGACAGCCAGCUAAACAUGAAAACCUUCAAACCUGCGUCGCUCGAGUUCAAGAGGAAUUACUCGCAACCGGCGUUUCGGAAAAAUAGUCUGGAUAUGGCUGGCGAGUAUAGUAGAAAAGAUUUCACAUCAGAAAGUCAAGGCCCAGUUAGAUUUUAUAGUCCCGUCGAGUCUUCAGGCGCGGAUGAAAUGGAUGGCAACUUUAUCGGUGGCAAUGUUAUUCUCGGAGAAUACGACGACAACAAAACUACGAAAGAUACAUUAUUGCCAUCUUUUACACAUUUUUCCCAGAAUAAUAAUAAUAGUAAAAAUAUCAGUAAUAGCAAUGAUAACAGCAACAAUAUCAGUAAAUCGAAUCAACAUGAAGAAAUCAUAAGAGAAGAUAAGACGGAAUCAAGCAAUGAAGUCAUCAGUGAAAAUGCUCCAAAGGGAAAACCUUAUGCCUUGGCAACGCUUGACGGAACUAUUAUGUUAGUACAGGAUGAGAUCAUUUUGUGGGCUAUGCAGGUAGAUCAUCAGAUAUUCGCGCUGUGUCGACUGGACGUCACAGGCGAUAAUUCCGACGAGAUAAUCGCUUGCGCCUGGGACGGCCAAACGUACAUCUUAGAUCAACAACGGCAUAGCGUACGCUUUCAAUUUGAGGAACCGGUCAGAGCUUUUUGCACAGGAAAUUAUAACGUGAUCCCGGGAACGUCUAGUCCCAGCCUGGUGUACAAUACCUUCAACAACAAGAUUGUUCUUUAUUACGACGUUACUCUGCCGAGCAUGACGAUUACUCCUCUGAAUCCCAUGAAGGACUUUGAGCCUGAUGAAACGCAAGUCUUAGAGAAAUUAUUAGGCGAGUGCAACGUAAAUGAAAAACAGCAAAAGAUGCAGCAGUUAACUGAAUGGUUGCUGUAUGGUGUACAUUAGCACACAUGGCAAAUGGUCAUAAUUAUACAGCGUGAUUCUUAUGUUGCAAUAUAUUUUAAGAAUCGCCCUGUACAGACAAAAUGUAUAAUAAAACAUGCAUAUUCUGGUA